AUGGCUUCUAAGCAAGAAGGUACUUCGAAAGUUUACGCUAUAACUAGAGAAGGUAACGACUUUGUCCCCGAGAAUGCUGCCUGGACAUGUAAAUGGGGACCCAUCGAAGCCCAAUGCGGACACAUAAACGAUGAUAUAAAGAACAAGAAGUGCACCAAAUGUGGUUUUGCACGCUCUGCUGCCAUCGCACACGUCGGGAAGAGGCUUGACGAAGGGGUAAAGGGGAGGUGCUGGGAGAUUUGUGGUAUAGAGAACGAUGGGACUGAAGUCUGGACCAAUACAAACACUCACAAUCUCUCUACACCACUACUAUACCUAUACCUCUACAAAAUGUCGUCGACACAAGAAGAUCCUCCGAACUCAUACAUGGUGACUGAAGAAGGCGACGACUUCGUCCCUAAGAACGCUAAAUGGACAUGCAACUGGGGAGCAUCGUGGGAGCCCUACAAGAAGAAAUGCGGAGGGAGAAAUGAGGAUAUAUACAACAAGAUUUGUUCCAAGUGUGGCAAUAAACGUGGCUGCGGUGCAACGGCCGACCUUGGAGAGACGAGACUCGGCUGUGGGGAACGAGGACGGUUUUGGAUGCUUUUCCCUAAUGAAGAUGGCAGUGAAAAUUGGUCAACUAAUUUCAUUAGCGACUGA